UUUUAAUCCAAGUUUGUUCAGUAUUAAAGAUAUGAUUAUUAAAUAUGCAAACUCACCCAUUUUCUCAUGAGUAGUAGGAUACAAAAAAAAAUAGAAUCUUGGGGGUAGGGGAAAGGAAAACAUCCUUUUCUUAUGAUAAUAAUUAUAAUGUUUUAAGCAUGGUACAGCACUUGACUUACUUUCAUUGAAGCAAAAAUAUAUUUAGGUACAGCCACUCUUGUCAGUUCUGGGAAAAUUACUAGUUUUUCAAGUUUUAUGUAUUUCCCACUAGCCAAAUCCACCUUGGUAACUUGCUUAAUUUGCAUAGACUAGCCACUAAAAUGCAAUUUGAGAGCUGACAUCUCAAACUAGGCAAGUAUUUUCAUUGAUGGGUUUGUUGGCCGUUAAGAGCAGGAUAGUAAAUCUCGAUGCUGCAAUGACCUUGUUUGAAGUACAGACUUGCCCAAUGUGGCAACUAGAGGUUUAUGGUCAGUCAUUACUGUGACUUUGUAGUGAAACAUUUAUUUUGUACUCACUUUCACAAGUACUGCAGUCUGUUGACUCCAUUAAAUAUAAUUCGUUGAAGUUCAAUUACUAGCUGCUUAUAGAUGUGAGAAACAACAGACAUUACUGGAAUUUUUACCUAACCAGUUGCAGGCAACGGUUUUGCACCUUCAAGUUUGGGAAGUCGAGCCUCGUCAAAAUGAAUGAGUCCAUCCAGCAACUGCGACCAAAUCACAAACCAACAAACAUGGUUCUCAGGGUCUAUGAACGUUCAAACAGAGUGGCUUACGAACCAGGUUUAGUGAUGUGCUUUGGUGUUGUGGCAACACAAAGAACACAAAGGUAUCAAAGGUGGACAUGAGACAAUCGUAACCAGGUGCUACCAUUCUAGAACUCAAGUACAUAUGAUGAAAUCUACCUACUCUACAAGGUUGAACAAUGACCUACCUCUUUCAAGCUGGAAAAUCACGCGACAUUUACAGUUAAAGAAAAAAACUUGAAUCUCACGAAGACAAGUGCACAUUUAACAUUUUCUCACUCAUCAUUUCAUGCGGAAAAAGCAAAGCAUUCAGCACUUUGAUCUUAAAAAAAAUUAGCUACUGCUAAUUAAAACUGCGUGGAUAUGUUUUGCCAAGUGUGUGAAAGUAUGGUUCCUGAUAGUAUGUAUGCUAAUAAAAACACACAAACAUAGGGUCUACCAGUGCAAUGUAAAGACGAUCCACGGUGCAACCGUGAUGGUGCUGGAAUACUAGUAUGAACAAGAGGGUGGUUGAGUGGUUCUGUUUCCGUAUUUCCUUUUCACUUAUUUUAAAAGAGUGAAAAUGUCUUAAACACGUGUUUCCAGAAUACUUUUUAAGCAUUAAACACUCAAUACAGAUUCUCAAAAGCACUCGUGGGACACCUUUACCUUCAUUUCUCUGCCAUAUAAUGCUAUGGCUACCACUCAACUAUCAUAGUUGCCCAAUUCAGGAUGUAAUGACUGCACAUAGUUCUCAGCCUUGCGCUUGGAGGCAACACCGCGCUAGAAGCACCAGUGAGCAUCGCACUUACCAUUCCGCCUCACUUACACAAAUACACCCCUGACUAGGCGGGCCCCUUAAAACAAUAGGUCCAGCUUUUUGAUUAUUAAAUAGUUGCUGGAUGAAUAUGGAAUUAAAUGCAUUUUACAGAACAUAUAAUUGUAGCUAGAGAUUUCACUACUUUUAAUUGCGUGAUGUGUCUUCAUUUCAGAUUUUCGAUGUGUGCGGAUUAUGAUAAUCCAUAGUGGGCAUGCAGCUGUAAUUGUAUGCCUAAGUAGUCUGUACUUAAAGCUGGCUUGCACACAUGUUACUGUAAGCAUAUCUUUCAUACAAACUUGACAUGUGUAAUUAUUGUAUUUAAUGAAAUUAAUAUAUUUGACUUGUUUUAAUUAAAUUAUGAAACAGUUGACUGGUAACAUCAUUUUUCAAGCAAAAUAAUUUUUUUAAAUGUCUAUGCAUAAACAUGGGGAUUCUAGAAGUAUACUAUUCCCUGACCUUUUAGUGUGACAAUAUUUUAAGAUUCAAUUAUAGAGCUAAUUACUCAUAAAUCAUAUCAUGCUUAAACUGGACCCUUCCUUCCCUUAACCCUUGCUACGUCUCUGGCAUCAGACACUUUCUUAAUGCCUGGAGCUUAGGUAAAACUUCUAUCUCAAACCAUAAACAACCAUUGCUAGCAGUUAAGCAGUAAGCACUUUGAAGAUAAACUGCAAUGCAUCAAAAGAUUGGUGACGAAGAAACUGUUGACAAAUGCCGCGAAAGUCUGCGUACUAAUUUAUACCAAAUGUUUAUGCAAAAUCAAAUGUUAUCAUUAGUGCCUAUGCGGUAAAAAAUCAGAUCCAGAAAAGAAGGGAGCAAUACACUUUUUUUUCUCGUGCUUAAGUGGAGAAAAGAGCAGCAUGUAUGAUUUCUAAAGCACAGAUGCAAAUUCUGCGAGGAACAGGUAAAAUCAUAUGCCAAACCACAAGGUAUUUUCAUUUCAAAAUUAACUCAUCCAGUCUUGUCUUUAUCACACAAAAUAAACCAAAUUCGCUGACUGUAAAAAAAAUUAUUAAUUUGAUCAUUCCUCAUAGGGUAUAUACUACCAUACCCUUCAAACUGCAUGGAUUUUUAAGUUUUUUUUUGUGAAGUCUCAUAAAUAAACUUAAUUGCUUGGUUCACAAAGUGGUGACUAUUUCUGUUAACGUUAACUUUGAUCUACACCACUGCACUUUCCAAAUAAUAUAUGUUAUGCAACCCUAGUAAAUAUGGAGUUGUAAAAUUGUCGAGCAGAGAAAAGAGAUGGGUUUGCUGGCUGUAACUGAUGCUAAUCAUUCUGCAGGAGCUGAUCAUCAUGGCCGCGGCGAGAACUUUCCUCCAGUCCCGAUAGAAGAAAACAUGAAGAAGGAACUGCCGUGUAUUAGCAAGGCAAUGCUGGUUGGUGACAAGAGGAAGAUCCUUGCAAUGCUGCUCACACUGAAGUCUGAAGUGAACAUGGAGACAGGCAAGUCCACAGAUGAACUCUCAGCAGAGGUGAAGAGCUGGCUGCGUGAAUGUGAUUGCUUUGCUGGCACAGAGACGGAACUGCUUUGUGAGAACAGCAACAAGGUAAUGCAGCACCAAAAUAACAGCACUUACUCAACUUCCAAAUCAGAAGCAAAUUUUUUUCCCCUCCCCCAAGAGAUUGUUAUGGAAGCAAUCCAAAAAGGUAUUGACAGAGCCAACAGCAAGGCAAUCUCCAACUCUCAGAAGAUACAGAAGUUUGCCAUCCUACCAGUGGACUUCUCAAUACCUUCUGGAGAACUGGGACCAACCCUGAAGUUGAAGAGAAAUGUAAUUGCUGAUAAAUACAAUUCAAUAAUAGAAAAUUUUUACAAAUGAAAAAAAUUUAUUACUUAAUGCAUUUAAAAAAAUGAUAUUUACAGUUGUAAUGGCACCAAUUAAAAUAUACAAUUUUCACACAUAUAAUUUAUAAACUGUGCUGAGAAUUAAUGCUGAUAAAGUAAAACCUAAUAAUUUUCCAAAUAAAACUUAAAUUGCGACUAAUGACUUACUAUAAUCAGACAAACUUCAAAAGACCAAGUUGUAUUUGAAAAUUAAAGGAUAAAUUAUUUGAAUUUAUUACGCAGGAAACCUAUGUUAAUGUUCAGGAUGGUCAUAUGAGAAAGGAGCACUGAUAGGAUGAAUGGAUGAUAGGGGUGAGCCGAUGCCGAUUGCCGAUUAUUAAGAUCGGCCGAUUUUGGUCAUUUGCAUGAUCGGCUUCAUGCAUGCCGAUCCUUUUUGCCGAUUACCGCUUUCUGAAGACAAAAAAAUCUCUACGUAACACAAAAGCGCAGACAUAUUUUUUGCUUCAGAACUGUUGCUUGACGUUUUAAAGUAACACUUACGUUACUUACGUGUUUUAAUCUUUUCUGCAGAAAAAAAAAUUAAAUAAAGUUAUUCUUAAAAAAUAAACAUAUUCAUGAAAAGUACGUUUGUUAAAAAAUAGUAAACAAAAGCACACCAAAUUGUUUAAUAAGUCAUGCAUAGGGGCCUGUUCUUUUCGCGAUCGCGAUUAAACGACGAUAAACGCGAAAUCGCCAUAACACAGCGUUUUUACACGAAAUUUAGUAUUAAAACGCAAAAUCGCAGUGUUUUUAAGCGAAAUUUAAAAAUUGGGUAAAAUACUGUCUCGUCACUGAUAAACAAACACUGCAACAUGGCCGCCACUGAACAUUUGUCAUAAAUGAACUAAAGCAAACAAAAGCUUACACACGCUCACGUUAUAAUGUUAAACUCAAAAAUAUACUGUAAAAAUACGUAAAACUACGGCGUUUAUUUUCCUUUACGGCAUAAUGUUUGGAUAGAUAAGACAAACAGGCGAAGUUUUAAGGCCUACGUACUGUCCGGACCAAACGUUGUGAUAGCUGGCAGCGCGGGGGUGAAGGGGCAAAGCGGUGGAGGGGCAGGCGAUGCGCGCGCAGGUCGGUACGUGUAGCAUUCAGCAUGAAAACAUUGCUAGGUGACCAACUCGCAGCGCGUGUUACGAGACCUGCGGAAAUGGACGGACGUGGACGUGGACUUGGACGCUGUCGACGGCCUCAUAAAGUUAUUCAUAGUCGAGAAAGAGACAUUAUUGCUGAAGUAGUGAGUUGUUGUGAUAGUGAAUCAGAAAAUAAAUUCUGAAGGCAACAGAAAGAGCAGUGAUAUAUACUGGUGUGAGUGAGUCCAGCAUAAUGAGGAUAAGGAAAUGGAGUAGACAACAUCCAAAUUACCCUCAGAGAACUCCAGGGAAAAAACGGUGAGCAAUGUUGUUUUUCUCCAUUUGGUGACAAAGUGAUAUGUUUUAAAAUCGAAUGUUUCCGGGUUGAAUUAUAAAAUGAAAGUGAGCUGGUAUAGUCAAACCUAGUAAUAAAUUGUUUAUUGAAUAUCGUAUGUACAAUGUACCCGACUUGUUUUCAAAGCAAAACAAUUUAAAUAAUUGUAUUUUUCGCCUAAAUUAUAUAAAAUUAUAAUGUGAAAUUCCAGUGUACAUGGUAUAAACGAUGUUCAACGUUUCUAUUAUCCGGUUUUACGAUAUCCGCGUCCGUACUGGAAUGUAAAAGUACAAAUCGCAAAAGCAGCAUAGAUAGAAAUGCAAUGGCCGUAAAGGAAUAGUUGAGUGAAAGUUGUGCAAUCACUAAGUAAUUUAAAGCUUGUUUUGAAAUCUCAGUUUUGUGUUUGUUACGUGUUGUUAAGUAUUUAUUGUUAGGGUAAAAGCACCAACUAUCGGCCCCACACCCCAUAUUGGUGUUCUGAAAUACAACACAAAUAAUAACAUAUAUAAUUUUCUUAACACAGCGGACUAAUUCAUGCAGGCACGUUAGAUAUUCUGUUUCGGCAUAAAAUACAGCGGCCGUAUCGACCGUUGUAUGACGAAUUUGUGGGAAUAUCAUUUAUGCCAAUGAGAAAGUAAUAGUAUUUAAGUAGAUAAACACUUGUGUUUGCAUUUUCAUGUAAAUUAAGUCUACCUUAGGAAUGCUCGUACAAAUGACCUUAACAAUCGCAAAAAAUAAUAUUCUUUAUUGUUUAAUGAAAUGGUAGUUCAACCUGGUUUCUUUUAAAUUCUAUGCUACGCCUUUUUGUCUAAAGAGAAAUACUAUACUGAAAAGUAAAAUAUACCCCUUUACUUUUUGCAGGCCGAAGAAAAUUCGUAAGAUCGUUGUCGACAGUUUUGACAGACGAGUCAUACGAGAUGUUAUACACGAGUUCUACACUGUGAAGCAUGUUAUACCUUCAGUUCUUAAGUUAUUGCCUAUAUGGGCCUCAGGUGUCAUUAUAAGGACAAGUGAAACCCAAAGCGUUGUGGCCUGGGGAGCGAUGAGAAAGCGAUACACGCAUAUGUUUUUGAAACAGAGACAACACGUCCGAGGCGUGCCGGGCCGUGCCGAAUGUGCGCCGCGUGUGACCGGGCCGUGCCAACAUUACGCGCCUACAGCACUAGGGAGUCCAGCUACCACAACGUUUGGUCCGGACAGUACACCGCUCGGGGCACUGACGUCACCUUGGAACAGCGACACCUGAUAAAUACAAAAGCACGCAGAUGAUUGGGUGAACGGUGGCGGUGUUUGGAACAGCCUUACGUGAGUGGCCAUACCACGUCAGCCGGGGGCGCUGGCAUAUAGUUGGAACAGCGUCUUAAUAUCAAGCAGAAAGCAUUUUAAAUCGCGCCAAAAAGCGGAAAAAUGUAAACAAACAUUCAUUUUCGAAUGGUGUGACGAUGAUGAUUAGUUGGUUAACAGUGUGUUAUAGAUUUUGUUAAAGGGAUUAAUAGAUUUCCAGAUUAGUUUAUGGGAACAACUAAUAAUCAGUGUCUAAAUCAAAAGUUUGUCAUAUAAAUAUAUGUAACCUAUUUGUUUAGGGUAUUCAGUAAUGAGUAGUUUCAAGUAAAAUUAUUUAACUUAAGUAAUUUGGAGCACAUUCAUUUUCGAAUUGUGUGACGAUGAUUUGUUAGUUGGUCAACAGUGUGUUAUAGACUUUGUUAAAGGGGUUAAUAGAUUUCCAGAUUAGUUUAUGGGAACAACUAAAAAUCAGUGUCUAAAUCAAAAGUUUGUCAUAUAAAUAUAUGUAACCUAUUUGUUUAGGGUAUUCAGUAAUGAGUAGUUUCAAGUAAAAUUAUUUAACUUAAGUAAUUCGGAGCAUAUUUUACAACCAACUUAAAAAAGCACUAAUCGGUCAAAAAAAUCGGCAUGAUCGGUACCACAUUUCUGGCAUCGGCAUGAUCGGCAAAUGUGGUGAUCGGCUCACCCCUAAUGGAUGAGAAAUUACAACCCCUAGAAAAUCCACCAGCUUGUGGCAAAGUCUGCCACAUUUUUCACUUCCAUAACAUCUGCAUUCAAUUUAGCCAGAAACCAAAUCCAAAUUGUUUCAUGAGUGGAAUACCUGCACAUAUGUAUUGAUAUUGCUUGUAUUAAAGGAUAGUUGUACUAUCAAAAAGUUUGUAUUUUUAUUACCUAUGCACAGUCAUAGAAAUCAUUUCCUAACAAACUUAAUAUAACUAAGUAAAAAUAAAGGAUAUAUAUCUACCUAGUAUGAAAUAAUUAAUCCAAUGGGCUGAGCUAUAUAUUUAAUAUUACAGCAAUACGAUAAACAAAUAAAA